CUCUUAUUGUGAAAACAACAGACCGGAAGUUGCACUGAGCCGAAACGGGAGCGUCGAUGCGCAGCAGCUUCAGGGGAACCGUCCACUAUGGCUGAGACCCACAGCUUACAAGACCUCCAGCAGCCGGCUGUCUCCUCCAAGGUGUUCAUCCAGAGAGACUACAGCUCAGGAACCAUCUGCAAAUUUCAGACCAAGUUUCCCUCUGAGCUGGAGUCCAGGCUUGAUAAGCAGCAGUUUGAGGAAACCAUCCAGACUCUAAACAACCUGUACGCAGAGGCAGAGAAACUAGGGGGGAAGUCUUAUUUGGAGGGCUGCCUGGCUUGUCUAACCGCCUACACCGUCUUCCUCUGUAUGGAGACACACUACGAAAAGGUGUUAAAGAAGAUUGCCAGGUACAUUAAGGACCAGAAUGAGAAGAUAUAUGCUCCCAGGGGCUUGCUGUUGACCGACCCCAUCGAGAGAGGCCUCAGAGUCGUUGAAAUCACCAUCUUUGAAGACAGAAGUAUUGGCUCUGGAAGAUAAAGAAACUUGGGGCUGAUGAAUCUGACCAGAUAAUCUUCAUCUGUCUGGCGGCACAUAUUCAGACAUCUGCUUCACCUGAAUGGAUGUAUAUAAUUCUGAUCUGAUCCAUUUCUCUAUUAUUUAUAACUACUCGACUGUCUGCCUAUACUUAUAUGUUUUUAAAUGUGUUUUCAUGUCUUUUUUUUAUACAUGUCAAGAUGUAUAAAUGUCUUAGUUGAUCCAGACCAGUCAUUAUGAAUAGUGCCAUUGUGUUAAAUGCAACUUUCUGACCAUGGUAAAAAUAAGUGAUUUGACUUGAGUAUUGUUUUGUAAAUGAUAUAAAGUCAAAUAAUAUGUAAUCGCCAAGAACUGUUUGAGAGAUAAGUUGGGACCGAGUUGGUUGUAGCCUUUGUUGAGGCAAAUGUUUCCGUAUCUGUGCAUGAAUGUGUCUUUUAGGGGUUCAAUCAAGUCCUGUGAAACGCACAUUGGAAGUCCUGAGUUGUUUUUGUGACUUCAACGAUGGAGCAUGUUUACCAUUAUUACAGAAUAAUAACAUGAUAUAUUACAUUUUGAGAAAUGUCUGUCUCUACAGUGUCAUAAUAUACCUGCACUAAAUCUCCUAAAUCAUAUUCAACCUGUUAAAACCUGUUAGCUGAUUCGCCAUGUACUUCACAAAUGUCAUCUCCCUCUUUUCAUUUUCACCAAACACCACAGAAACCUUAAACACUCUGAGUUCCACAGAUGAUUGCUAUAGUUGGUGUUUGAUAAAACCGGUGUACUUUUCUUACAAAUAUUGUUCUGUUUUAUCUAAAUAAAUUUUCCUGAAAUCUG